AUGAACACUAUAAACCGUCCCAUGAGUUUCUUCCAUGAUUUGCUGUCUCAAGUUUUCAAUGCCUGUAACAUACCGGCUAAUACCUAUCAGAUCUUGAUAAAAAGAAGCGCGGAAGCAGCGAAAUGGCGGCGGCGGCAGAAAAACGAUAGGGAAGACAUAACGACAGCGGAGGCGGAAUGCUAUUUUAGAUUUCUGGUCCUCAUGGCCUACCUCCAACACCAGCAAAACGUGCUCUUUUUAUUUUGUAGCAAACUAUUGUUCCUUACAUGUCAGAAAGAAUUAGCUCUAGAGUUGCUUGUGCGUACUAAAACUAACCGAAUGACUUAUGAUGAUUGUUGUGCAGUAAGAAUAAUAUUCAAGGGAUUUCGAGUUGUCGUAGACGACAAAGACAUUUCAAUGGAUUCAUCAUAUACAAAGGAGCUGCAGAGUAUGGUUAAAGGGAAAGCAACGAGUUUUCCACAACUGUUAGAAGGAUUCGCCAUGAGAGAUCUUAAAUUGAUAUGUGAGAAUUUUGAGGAUGCAAUGUUCGUGCCAUGUCCUAAUUGCACCGGUAGCAGGAAAGUGUUUGAUGGGAAGCAAGAACAACUAAAAAAAUGUGUCCAUUAUAAUGAAAAUGAAUUGAUUUGUUGGCCUGGUUGCUGCUCAUGA